ACUUCCCUCCCAUAUUUUUAAAAAGAUUUCCCCAUCAUUAAAUACCUCAGUUUUUCAACAAGAAUUCACAGAUCCAUAAGCAAUCUUCCAUAUCUCUUCUAGUCAUGGCUUCUUCUUUUGUCAACGGUCGCAAUCUGAAACGAUCCGGUGAGGUACACGUCAUUGUCGGCCCCAUGUUCGCCGGUAAAACCACUGCUCUCCUUCGCCGUGUCAAGUCCGAACUCAACUUGGACAGAAAUGUUGUCAUAAUAAAGUCAAGCAAGGAUACGCGAUAUGCGGUAGAUUCAGUGGUGACUCACGAUGGGACGAAGUUCCCUUGCUGGGCAUUGCCAGAUCUCUCGUCUUUCAGGCAGAAAUUUGGUGCCAAUGCCUAUGACAGACUGGAUGUGAUUGGUAUUGAUGAAGCUCAAUUCUUUGAUGACCUCUAUGAAUUCUGCUGUGAGGCAGCUGAUCUUGAUGGAAAAAUUCUUGUGGUUGCUGGCCUAGACGGUGAUUACAUGAGGAGGACUUUUGGCUCAGUGCUUGAUAUAAUUCCUCUUGCUGAUACCGUUACAAAGUUGACAGCAAGGUGCGAGUUGUGUGGCAAACGGGCAUUUUUCACUUUGAGGAAAACAGAUGAGACGCGGACAGAACUCAUAGGCGGUGCUGAUGUUUACAUGCCUGUUUGCCGUCAGCACUAUGUUAAUGGACAAGCUGCACGAAAUGUGGAAGCUCAGAAAAUUCCGAAUGACUUGAUAGUCGAGGCAGCAGCUACACUAGUUUAGAAUACUUUUAGGCUUGUUUGCUUACAUAUUAUGAAUCAGCAAUUAUGGUUACAUAUUGAAGUUUUAAGUGUUUCCUCUCUGUACCUUCAGGUGUUAUGUAAAUAUAAGUUAUGUUGUAUGAUCUUUAUGAGUUGAAAACUACAAGAAUUGCUUGAAAACUCUUGCGAAUUUCAUUUUGCUA